ACACAAAGCUUUUAUUGUGAAAUUUUCCCGGAAGCAGCCCGUUUCUCUCUCCAUCACCUUGACGUCAUUAGCUCCUUCACUCCCUCCAUUCAUUUCACCCGAGCAGUCGCAUCCGAGCAGGCAGCCCUCCCCUCUUAUUUCUCUCCGCCUGGAAAGAUGGCUGCUCCGGCGGUGGUGAGGAGCUCCGGCCCGCCGCUCUGCCCGAGCUUCGCGGAGGUCUGCUCGUUCCUGGAGCGGUACGGACCGGCGCUGGAUCUCCCCGAGAUGACUUUCCCGCAGUUGGAGCGGUAUCUGCGUGACACUACGGCAGUUUCCAAACCUCUCGUGGAUCUCCAUGUGAAGCUGCUCAGGAAACUAGGGAAGUCUGUGACCACUGACCGCUGGGAGAAAUACCUGGCUAAGGUUUGCCAAGAGCUGAACAGCACGUGGGCGUGGGAGCUGGAGCAGAAAGGCUACCAGGACAUGUCAAUGGAGUGCAAAUCGAGCAUCCUGAAGUAUCUCUGCGAGUGUCAGUUCGAUGACAACCUGAAGUUCAAGAUGAUGAUCAACGACGAGGAUCCAGAGAAGAUGCGACUGCAGCCCAUCGGUCGGGACCGGCAGGGUUUGUUGUACUGGAUGCAGCUGGAUCAGGAGCAGAACAUCCGGCUGUACACGGAGGAGCAGGACGACCUGGAUGGGUCCACCUGGAGGUGCAUCGUCAGGAAUCGCAACGACCUCGCCGAGGCCCUGGAGCUGCUGAAGACUCAGGUUGAACCAAACCAGAACCAGGAGCAGAACCUGACUGAAUCCAGGAGCACCAGCCCGGCAGAGAGAGGUGAUGAAGCCAAUGAAAUAAACAACGCCAAAUCCACCAGAACUACAGAGAAAACUGACCACAUAAAAACGGACCCUGAAAUAGAAAAGAAACCUAUGAAACAAGAGAUGAAGCAGGAGCCGAUGAUCAAGCAGGAAAACACUGAAAACGAGGUGAAGGAAGAGAAGACGGACAACAAGACGUCCGUCUUCGAUAACCGCGUCAGCACAAUCACCGCCAUCAAACCAGAACCAAGAGACGUCGCCAAAAACGCAGUCUCUGUCGUCACGGCCUCCUGCGUGUCUUCGACUAAACCGAACGUGAAUGAGGAGGCGGAGCGUGCCGCCGUCAGGAGCAACCAGCAGGCCAAAAUCCCGCUGAAGAAGCGGAAUCUUAAACUAGCAGACAGCUUCCACACCAACCACCUUAACAGCAACAGCAGCAGCAUCAUCGUCUGUAAUCCUUCCGUCAUCCAGAGUAAAGACGCUCAUGGAAGAGAGGGGAACUUCCUGAACUCUGCAGCUCCUGCAUGUGGGCCGGCCGCUCCUCAACAUCAGCUCCUCAAUUCUGCAGGUCCAGAGCUGACCAAUGGGAGAGCAUCUCUAUUCCAGCCCUACAAAGAAGGGCAGAAUGGCGUCAUUGGGGUCAUCGGUCACGUUGGGGUCAUCCGCAGCCCAUCUGAGCUUCAUAGAACCUCCGGUUCUGAGAGGCAGGAGCAAAACGGGCCAAGCUUAGAACCCGGCAGGGCUGUGAGGGAAGACAAGGAAGUGAGUCGGCAGUCGGUGCUGGUGAGGAAGGAGCCGGCGUCCAGCAGCUUUCCUCUUCACGAAGCGAGCGAGUCUCAGACGUGCAAAGCGCCACCGCCUUUAAAAGCCGACAAACUUCCUGAAGAAACAGAGAAAAAAGUAGAUUCUGCUGGUGCCUCUUCAGUCUGUCAGGCCACGGGGGAAACCCAAAAGCAGGAGGAGGAGGAGCGGAGUCAAGAAGCGACAGAACAAACAACAGAGGAGGAGUCUGAAAAGGCCAAGAAUGCCGGACGCAUCAGCCGUCAGCAGAAGGAUCUGGAAGAGACGAGAAAAGACGGUCUGGAAAGAGACUUAAAAACUGAGGAGCCAGAAAAGGCCUCCAGCAAUUUAAGUAGCAUUUGCACAGAAUCCAGGAGAUGUGCGUCACCUAAAAAGACAGAAAAACACAGUAAAAAAGAGGAAGAAAAAGGUUUGAACGGCGGGAUUCCAGGCCAGGCGAAGGGGAAGAGAAGCGCUGGAUCUGGAUCAGAGCAGGAGCGCGGCGGGCCUUUGGAGGAGGCGUCCUCUGAGCUCCAGAAAGAAGGGAUCCGGUUGAAGAUCAAAAUUCCUCCACACCGCAGAAACAAGCUGAGGGGGAAGCGAGGAAAAGGGCAGGAAAAAGACGUGCAGAAGGAGCAGGAAGAGGGGCGGCUGCUGAGGAGGUCUGCCAGGAUAUGCAGAUCGUCUUCUUUACCAACCUGUAGGCCGAGCUCAAAGGUGACCGAGAUCCAGAGGAAGAAACCUCCGAGAAAACAGCCGCUACCCGCCAGAGCCAGGGAUGAAGAGGAGGCAGAAGAGGAGGAGGAAGAGGAGCAGAUCUCAGCUUCAAAGGAAAACAGAAAACUCGUUGGGGAAGUUAGAAAACUCAGGGGAAAACGGAGACACAGACGACCCCGAUGGUCAAACGUUCGAACGAAAAGGCGCAAACCAAACGAAGAAGAAGAAGGCAGGGGGCAGAAAGAAGACGGUGAAGAACGGAGCGACUCCGAGGAGGAAUCCUGCAAAUCCACGGAGAUUCCCAGCGAGGACUGCUGCUCCCACUGCGGGCUGCCCAAUCAUCCCGAGCUGAUCCUGCUGUGCGACUCCUGCGACAGUGGAUACCACACGGCCUGCCUGCGGCCGCCGGUCAUGCUGAUCCCAGACGGGGAGUGGUUCUGCCCACCCUGCCAACACAAGCUGCUGUGUGAGAAACUGGAGGAGCAGCUGCAGAACCUGGACAGCGCUCUGAAGAAACGGGAGCGAGCCGAGCGGAGGAGGGAGCGGCUCGUCUACGUGGGGAUCAGCGUGGAGAACAUCAUUCCUGAGGAAGACAAGGAGGAAGAAGAGAAGACUACCAAAAAGAAGGAUUGCAAAAGGAGCAAAAAUCUGGGGAGGAGAUCAACCAGAACCAGGAAGCACAUCAGCUACAGGUUUGAUGAUUUCGACGACGCCAUCGAUGAGGCCAUCGAGGAGGACUUUGGGGAUCUCUGUGGAGGAGCAGGUAAAGACAUCACCUCCAUCCUGUCUGAGGAUGUGGAGCGGCCGAUCCGGAGCCAGACCCGAGCCGCCAGGAGCAGGAGGAGGAGGAGGCUGAACGACCUGGAGAGCGACAGCACGGCAGCAGAGAGCGAAGACGAGUUCAUGCUGAGCAACAGCUCGGAGGAGGAGGAGUGUGGCGCAUCGGGGCCCGAUGACGACGAGGAGGAGGACGAAGAGGACAUGGGCAGCGAUGGAGGGAGCUGGGACAAAGGGACCAAACCCAGGAAAGCUCUGAAGGGAGUGCCCCGGCAGAAACCGGGGAGGGGCCGGCGCCGGGGCAGGAAGCGGCAGUGGAGACGCUCCGAGGAAGAAAGCGAGGAAGACAUAGACUCGGAUCAGUACAGCGACAUGAGCGACAGCGACCAGAAAAGGCGGGGCCUGAGGCGGGGCCAGCACCAGCAGGUCAACUACAGAGAGACCUCGGAGUCCUCCGACAGCUCCAGGGCCUCCGCGGAAGAGAAGAAGAGCAAAGCUCGAACACGCAAGGAGGCGCUCUCCAGCGACUACAGCGACUCGUUCCCGUCUUCCAGAGAAUCAGAGGAGGAGGAUUACGAGGAAGAGGACGAGGACAGGAGGCCGAUCGGGAGGAGAAGAGAGAAGGAGGAGUUCAGGAAAAGCAGGACGAUAGAAAAGAGGAGACGAUACAAACACCACGAAGAGAGAGGGCAGCGACUCCGGAGGAGACAUUUAGAAAAGGAGCCCGUCAAAGACCGGAGGAGGCGGCUGACGAAGGACGAGGAAGAAGAGGAUCUGGAGAAGAUGGGCCGGGGGAAGAGGAGGGAGAUUCUAUCCCAGCAGCGGCGCAGACGACUCGCCCAGAUGCUGAAGAAACGGCGGCCUUCGACGGACGAGGAGGAGGAGUCGUCGGAGGAGGAAUCGGAGUCUUCGUCAGAAGAGGAUCGGCCCAUCCGAAAAAGACUCAACCGCAUCGACUCCGACGACGAAGAGGACGAGGAGGAGGAGGAGGAUGUGAGGCGGAAGACCAAAAAGCCUUCGGGGGGGGAGAGAACGUCGGACGACAAAAACGACAGCGACUCUCAGGAAAGGGGGAGGGGCCAGAGCCCGUCUGCAAACGAACAUCAGACCUCCAGAGGCCUGCAGAAGCCUGGGAGCGGCAGCAGUUCCACACCCAGAGACGGUUCAGCCUCAGACAGGCAGAGCAGGCACAACGGCCCCUGGCAUCCGGAGGAGGAGGAGGAGGAGGAGGAGGAAGGUCAGACGGACUCCAUAAACUCUGUGCAGAACAGCCCGCCGUCAUGAUGGCGGUGUGUGUGAACGGCCCCCGCUUUCUUCUUCCUCCGCCGUCGAAGGUGGAGCCUCUUCUCCGUCUUUCCUUCAUCACUGUUGCAUUGUGGUAGAUUGCCGUUCUUCCUUCCAGAACCUCACAGCUGCAGAAUAUCCCCCCCAACACCCAGCCAUCUGGACCAAACGACCAGUUCACACCUCCUUCAGUAGAUUCGGUUUAAACCCCACCGAUGCCGACCGUUUGUGUUCGACUCAUCCUAAAGCACUUCAUCGUUCUUAUAGCACUUACUAACUUCCUGAGGGGGGGUCCGAAAUCGAACACUUUGACUCACGUCGGCCCAGAAGGGUCAAACGUGUCAAACUUUUUUUUUUUUUUUUUUAAAUCCACAGAAAACUACAGUUCCCCUUCACAAUAAAAGCCCCUGUAAAUAAAAAACAGGAAGUAGUAUUCGGUGUACACCCGGCUCUCCUCAUCCAAACCACAUUUUUUUUAUUUAAUUUUAUUUUUUUAUCCAAAGUGUUCGCUUUCAGACGCCCCUCGAGGGUUUCCUGAACCUUCAUACGGAGGAGGGUUUGACUUGCUGUACAUAUGUUGCCUGUGCGCUGUUUCUUGUAAGAUAAUAGAUGUUCUGUUCUUAGUCUUGUAAAAUAUAGUGGUAUAUUUUCUACAUGAAGGUGAAGAGCAAAAGAUGCUGCUGAGUGACGCCGAGGUCGGUUGACUGAAAUCCUGCUGUGGAAAAAAAACAAAAACAAAAAAAACGGACGACCUGCCAGGUUUUUUAACACUUCGAGUCCCGUGGGAACAAAAGAUUUACUUGAUUUCAUUUUUGUUGUAAGGCUCAGGGGAGGCAAACGUUCACCAAUCAAAUACGUGUUAUGUUGUUCUGGAUAACCAUCACUGUCAGGACAUCUGAAACUUAAAGACCCACUCCGAUGAAAAUGGUGUUUCUGUCAUGUUGUUGUGGCAUUUUUAUGAUGAUGGAGGUUAUAUAUAAAGACAAUUAUUCUUAAAAUGCAUUUCUGAGUAUUUAUUCAUUCAAAUCUGACUAUGAAAUGGCUUAUUUGUGAUGUAGAAAAUACAUUGGGCCACAGCGCUGCUCUGGAAGAGGAAGAGGGGCGGGGUUGCUUCCAGUCGUCCCACCUACAACUCAGAAGUGAAUUUCUAAUAAACUCCUGCCGCUCUACAGAAACUAUGUCCUAGAAAACGACACAUUUGUUUUUCAUUUUGGCUAAAAUGGACAUAAUUAAAAGACCACUGGGAACGCUUUCAUUAAAGUUGAUCGGAGUGGGUCUUUAACGUUACUUCGAGUCUAAACACUGCUCACGUUUUUAAAGUCUGCUGGUGAUGCGAAGAAACUCUGCUUCAAACUGGACAUGGCGCCCCACUCGAACAUCACGAAAGUUCUCCUUUGCCUUUUAGACUGGAGUUCAAGCUGAAGCGACAAAACUUUAAUUUGUCUUUUUUUCUCUCCCUGUAAUAAAUCACUGAAUUAAUUCAGUACGUGCACACGUCCCUCCAUUUCAGCUUCAACUUAAUAGCUCCAAACUAUAUACACGACAUAUUCAUUUACAUUAAUGUGUGUAAAUCAUUGACUGUAUAUGAGAACUGGACUGAGUGUGACGUCACCCGUAGAAAAUGAUUUACUUCCGACUCCAACCAAAUGAAGUCAGUUCAGUCGCCAUGUUGGAACCAGACGUCAUCAGUGAGCAGUGAUUUGUCCGAGUCGACGUUUCUAUGGCAACCACUCUCACCUAUCAGGAGUGAGCUUGUUGGAAGUUCUCUACCACUUGAAUGCGAGCAACACAGAAUUUGUCAAACAUCUGAAAUGUUGGAGGUGGGAGCCAGUAGGCUCCGCCUACUUUUAAUUGAGGCAUCUGAUUGGCCAAUUUAUAACUUAAAACUACAGAAAAAAAAAUAACAAAGAUUAUCAAUAAAGAAUGGUCAUUCCGACAAAUAGAACAACUGACUUAUUUCUCUAUACAAGUUGAUGGGAUUCUGGCUUCUUGGAGCCAGCAGCUACUUCCUGUUUGAAACACCAGGUGGGAGGAGUUACUCAGUCCAGUUCUCAUAUACAGAUAAUGGUGUAAAUAAUUAGAUAAUUGGAAAUUUAAGGUGAUUAAACAAGUUUUGUGUUUGGAAAGAACCUAAACACACGUAGAAGAAAAAACUAACAGAUUAGAGAUUUUAUUCUUCCUGUUUUCUAAGCCUGUAGUUUUCAAACUGUCACUGUGAACCGUUUCAGGUUUGGUCAUUCGAAAAAAAGUUGCUCAAAUAUUUAUCAUCAAUUUAGAAAAUAAAAAAAAAGUGAAAAAUCUGUAAAGAAUAACUGUUUUUAUCCCAACAUUGGCAAAUCAAACUCAACAGAAGCCAGCAUCUUCCUUUAGAUGAUGUGUUUUUAUGUCUUUCAGGGUAAAUUUGUAUUUUUAUAAAGACAAAGAUAAAUGUUUCUCAGAGAAUCUGAAAUCUUAAGACAAACUGAGGAAGCACCUUAAUGGACAUUAAAAAAAAAUUAUUGUAAAAUUGUUGAAACGAUGCUAAACAUUUAAAAGGUCAAAAGUUGCAGCGAUUUUAAAACUUUGUAUAUAAGACAAUAUUUUAAACCAAAAGUCCUUAAAUGAACUUAUAGAACCCCUUGAUUGGCAGGCGAAGGUGAGAUUUAGGUUUAGAUUUUGUCACAAAUUUUCAGCCAAAAAGUGUAAAAAAUAAAAAGCACUGCAUGAUAUUUUCUGUCGCCCCCUUUUUUUUUUUUUAAGUCAAAUGUACUUUCAGAUACUUUCUAGCGACGCUGCUGCAGAACGUGCUGCAGAAUCCAGAAAUUAUCCCCUGUGUAGUCUUCUAAUCUGUGCCGGUUAAAAAGCUCCACAGACUCGGACAGAUUCAGGUGUGUUUCUGCCCGCAGAGGCAUCAUUCCAGUCUGCUCUGUUUUCACUGCUGCGGAGGAGGAGGAGGAAUCCGUCGGUUUGAGAAAAACGAGCGUGUGAACUGCUGGAUGCAGCGCAGUUUCUCUGUUGUACUGUUACUGUAGUUCUGCUGUAACAAAUGAUUUUUAAGUUAUUAAAACCAACAUCCAAACAUCUCCUCC